AUAAAAUGGAGCCAGAGAUUCCUGCAAAAGAUGCCUAUAAUUUUGUGUAUUUCACAUUCCUUGCAUUAGGAAUGGCAAUCUUACUGCCUUGGAGCUCCUUGGUAACAGCACUAGAUUACUUUAUUGUCAAACUCCCAGGUCAUGAUGUUGAUUUCGUGGUAUCAAUCUUAUCCAAUGGUCCUUUCUUUGCUACUAAUGUACUGAUGAUCAUUUUUGGGAAAUGGUUUGGAGUUAAAAGAGUGGUUGGUAUUUGAAUGAUGCUGAUGAUGGUGCUCACCUUGGCAUUACCCCUGAUCCCACAGGUUGCUGGUAGUGAAGGUGCUUGGAUAUGGGUAGUCAGUAUUAUCAUCACAAUAUCUGCAGUCAAUGGAGUCAUGCAGUGAUGAGCGUAUGGACUUGCGGGGUCAUUGGCAGAUCAUAAUAUUGCAACAUUAAACACAGGUAUAGGCCUGAGCGGACUUACUGUAAGCAUUGCUAGAGUGAUAUCUCUGGUUUUCUUCCCUACAGAUGGAACAUCAGAAAACGACAAUUUCUUCUAUGGUGCUAUUAUGUACUUUGCAAUAGGUGGCGUUUUCUUGAUUAUUGGAGUAAUCUUGCUUGUGAUUCUUCCCAAAACAAGAUAUUAUCAAUACCAUAUUGACGAAGAAGAAGGUAAGUGGUCUUGAUUAACUCUUUAAUUUCUUAAAGAUAAAGAAUAUCUGGCUUGCCUAGGACGUGGUGAUUCUC